AUGUGCAUAAAAUCAGUUGUUUUCAGUCUCCUCCCACUUGAAGGUCAUUCCAUUCCCUCUGCAAGUGCAGUAUGGAUCAAUCCUACACCAUUCCUUGACUCUGUACCUCUUAAAGCCACCGGGAAGUGUAUAAAGCGCAUAUUUGACAGUAAAAUUCCUGAUUCAAAGGUAGAGGACAUGACUCCUUGGGACAUGAGCAAGAUCGUGCUCGAAGCCAGAAGCCCUAUGCAUGAAUCUUCAAAAACCAUCUCCAUAUCAACCACGGGUUAUCUCAUAUCCAGCAGUACCUAUCUUAGAACGAAAAUCUACCCUAAAUCCCGACAUCCAACAUUAAGAGCGGAGACAUUAUCUUAUCUCUAUGAGUCCAGUGUAGCAAGUACAAGCUGCAUAUAUAUCUUAGCAAUCACCAAAGCCAAGCGAGCGAAUAUCUCUGAAAUUUGA